UUCUGGCUGACAGCUGUCAAAAGGCGCAGCCGGCUGUAGGAAACGUAAACAACGGCAAGCACCGGAUGCCGGAAGCGUGGUUGUUGCAGUGAAUUCGAAUGAAAAAUAAAAAAUGUCCAUUCAGCUAGGAAAGCUAUGUUCACGUAUUAUCGAGCAGCACUUUGGGGAAGUGGUGCGAACGGUGGUAGACGAUCUGUUCGCAUCGAUCGCGAAACCCUUGUCGCAAAUAAUACGAUCGACCGGAUUGACCAAAUCAGAGGUAUGCAAAUCGUUAGCCAUUCUGAUCAAGUUCAAUAUGGUAGGAUUCUCGCUAAACAAAGCCCGCACCGGGUACGAGUAUCGGCUGCUUUACGAUCGCAUAGUGAUGGUAUUGCGCUAUCCCCGCUACGUGCACCUGAUACAGACAAAGUUCGGCCACGAAUCGGCCGUCCUGAUGGAGGAACUACUCCGCUCGGGUACCCAGUGCGCCUCGUACAUCAUCGUCAAGUCAAUGUCGAACGUGGACGGCAAGGAUAACAACACGCUAGCCUUGCUGAGGGACAAAUUCGCAGACCUGGCGCAAGAAAACUACAUAACCCGUGCACCGGAACCGAAACCGUCCGACGGUGGUGCCGACCUGAUGGAGCUGUGCCACGACAUUCCCAAUCCCUUCCUAAUGCCGGAGCUGGAUUUGCGCGUACUGAAGGAACUGCACGAAGGCAAAGCGGUCAAGGUGCCGGACGAGGACGUGCACUGGGUGGUGAACGUGGAGCAGUUUCACAUCGACUUCCGCAACACGAUCAUGGUGACCGCGAUCGAGCGGUUGAUCGAUAGCAAUGCGGGCGAAUGCAUGAAGUACCUGCUGCAGCUGAUGCGCGAACGCACCAACCCGUGGGAAGCGGUGUCGAACCCGAUUGCGCUGGUGGAUCUGCGGCAGCGCUGCGAACGAAAGUCGCAGAACGUGGAAAUGCUGCGCUAUCUCGACCAGUACAUCUCGGUGAUGGAGUCGAACGACUAUCUGUCCAAGUUCGACACCAAGGGCGGCGGCCAGUUUACCGUGAACGUGAAGCGCAUCUUCGAGCAGCUGACGUGGGCCUGCAUCGAGAACAUUAUCGUGGAAAAGUAUGGCUCGAAGGCGGCCCGCAUCUUUCGGGUCGUGCGCAUGAAGAAGUACGUGGAGCAGGAGGACAUUCAGAAGGAAGCGAUGGUGCCGGCGAAGGACGCAAAGCUGCUGACGUACAAGCUGCUGGAGGAGAACUUUUUGCAGAUUCAAACGUUCCGCAAACCGGGCGGUGGAAAUUCCGGUGCACCGAAGUCGUUCUUCUUGUUCUACGUCAAUCAGCCGCAGAUUGUGUCGAUGCUGCUGGAGCUCAGCUACAAGGCGCUGUACAACUCGAUCACGCGCCUCACGCACGAUAAGACGGUCAACAAGCGGUUGAUCGAAAAGAGCCAGCGGUUGGAGAGUAUUGUUGAGACGAUGAAGGAACGGGGCGAGUCGGAAGCGUACAUUAACGAGAUCCUGGAGACGCUCACACCGCCGGAGCAGGAAAUAUUGGCCAAGGUGAAGCUGCGCGUGAAAAGUCUGUACAGCGCGGAGAUCGGAAUCGACGAAACCAUCUUCAUGCUGAAACUGUACCAGGAAUAUCAGAAAUAAAUACCGAAUCGUAACAAAAGAGUAA